AUGCCAGGAGGGAGACGGGGGCUGGUGGCUCCUCAGAAUACAUUUCUGGAAAACAUCAUACGUCGGUCUAACUCGCAACCGGACAGUUCUUUUCUGUUGGCAAAUGCUCAAAUUGUGGAUUUUCCGAUCGUUUACUGCAAUGAAGCUUUCUGCAAGAUCAGCGGCUACAACCGAGCCGAGGUUAUGCAAAAGUCAUGCAGGUGUGGCUUCAUGUAUGGUGAGCUGACGGAAAAGGAAACGGUAGCUCGGGUGGAAUACUCGCUGGAACAUCAGCAGCAUGAUCAAUUUGAAGUUUUGCUCUACAAAAAGAACAAAACUCCACUAUGGCUUCUACUGCAGGUGGCGCCCAUUCGGAACGAGCGAGACCUGGUGGUACUAUUUUUGCUCACAUUUCGCGACAUCACGGCUCUAAAGCAGCCGAUCGACAGCGAAGAUACAAAAGGAGUACUUGGACUGUCCAAAUUCGCCAAACUGGCUCGAUCUGUAACCCGGAGCCGUCAAUUCAGUGCGCAUUUGCCUACGUUAAAGGAUCCUACAAAGCAAUCUAAUCUAGCUCAUAUGAUGUCAUUAAGUGCCGAUGUUAUGCCACAAUAUCGCCAGGAAGCGCCAAAAACACCGCCGCAUAUUUUAUUGCAUUAUUGUGCAUUCAAAGCAAUCUGGGACUGGGUGAUAUUGUGUUUAACGUUUUAUACUGCAAUUAUGGUACCAUACAAUGUAGCCUUCAAAAACAAAACAUCCGAGGAUGUGUCACUACUAGUAGUUGAUUCGAUAGUCGAUGUUAUAUUUUUCAUAGAUAUUGUAUUAAAUUUCCACACAACAUUCGUUGGCCCCGGAGGAGAAGUGGUUAGUGACCCGAAGGUUAUUCGUAUGAAUUAUUUAAAAUCAUGGUUCAUCAUUGAUUUGCUCAGCUGUCUGCCGUACGAUGUCUUUAACGCAUUCGACCACGAUGAAGAUGGAAUUGGAUCGCUUUUCAGUGCUCUAAAAGUAGUGCGUUUGCUACGACUGGGGCGCGUCGUUAGGAAACUGGACCGAUACCUGGAGUAUGGAGCCGCAAUGUUGAUCCUACUGUUAUGCUUUUAUAUGUUGGUUGCGCACUGGUUGGCAUGCAUCUGGUACUCCAUAGGCCGCAGCGAUGCGGACAACGGGGUGCAGUACAGUUGGCUGUGGAAAUUAGCAAACGUCACCCAGAAUCCGUACUCGUACAUGUGGUCUAACGAAACCAAUGCCCCGGAACUGGUGAAUGGUCCAUCAAGAAAAACCAUGUAUGUUACGGCGCUGUAUUUCACGAUGACAUGCAUGACAUCGGUUGGAUUCGGAAAUGUAGCCGCUGAGACGGACAACGAGAAGGUAUUCACUAUCUGCAUGAUGAUAAUUGCAGCCCUUUUGUACGCCACCAUUUUCGGUCAUGUUACCACAAUUAUCCAGCAAAUGACGUCCGCUACGGCCAAAUAUCAUGAUAUGUUGAACAACGUGCGGGAGUUUAUGAAACUGCAUGAAGUUCCGAAGGCACUAAGCGAACGGGUAAUGGAUUAUGUGGUGUCCACCUGGGCCAUGACAAAGGGAUUGGAUACCGAUAAGGUCCUAAACUAUUGCCCCAAGGACAUGAAAGCGGACAUUUGCGUACACUUGAAUCGGAAGGUAUUCAACGAACAUCCGGCGUUCAGGCUAGCUUCGGACGGCUGUUUACGAGCGCUGGCCAUGCACUUUUGCAUGUCGCAUUCCGCCCCAGGCGAUCUGUUAUACCACACGGGUGAAAGCAUCGACAGUUUGUGCUUUAUCGUCACCGGAAGUCUGGAGGUAAUACAGGACGACGAGGUGGUGGCCAUUUUGGGCAAAGGAGAUGUUUUCGGUGACUCCUUCUGGAAGGAUUCGGCCGUUGGGCAGAGUGCCGCCAACGUGCGAGCACUAACUUACUGUGAUCUACAUGCGAUAAAGAGAGACAAGCUGCUCGAAGUGUUAGAUUUUUAUUCGAGUUUUGGUAAUAGUUUUGCGAGGAAUUUAGUUCUGACGUAUAAUUUAAGGCAUCGUUUGAUAUUUAGGAAAGUUGCUGAUGUGCGAAGGGAGAAAGAGCUGGCCGAGCGACGAAAGAAUGAACCGCAGUUGGGCUCUAGCCAAGACCACCUGGUAAGAAAAAUAUUUUCAAAAUUUAGACGAGCUCAGCAGAGUGCUCAAGGAACGAAGGAACAAUCUGGUUUCACUCAGAGCGACGUUGAGAAGGGAGACACAGAUACAGACAAAGGAAAGCUGCCAGCUAAGCUAACGCUAACCGAAGACUCUCGCGUCCUAACAACCGUCCCAUCACCAUCACCAUCACCGUCACCUUCGUCCGGACCACCGUCGGCGAAAGGAGCGCGAGCUAGCAAGUGGGGUCGCUUGCUCGGUAGUUCUAGCGUUGAUUCGGCCAGCGAUACUAGCACAAAGGUAGCUGUUUCGAGAAGCUUAAGUGCACGUGAAAGUUUGCGUGAAAGUGCACAAGGUAGAGCCAGUAUUAGUUCGAGUAGUAAUGGCGGUCAAGGCAAUAAGAUUUUCCCAAAAGCCCCAAAGUUAUCGGCUGGACCAGCCACAUUAGCACGGCAGGAUACUAUCGACGAGGGAGGAGAAGUUGAUCAUACGCCCAAUCGAGAACGACCAGGUGUGGUGCAUAUUGAACGAGACGGCAGCAAACCGCCUUCCUUGGAGCGACAGCCUACCGAACGAGAUCGUUUGUUAGAUAGUUCUAGUACAAAUAGAGAACGUGAACGUGAGCGAGAACGUGAACGAGAACGAGAGCGUGAGCGAGAAAGAGAGCGAGAACGAGAACGACACAUGGAUCGAAACCUCUCGCUUGAGCGUGAAAGACAGAUAGAAAUGGCCCAAUCUAGAGCGACCACAUCCGAUACGUAUGAUACGGGCCUCCGUGAGCAGCCAUCAACGCUUGCACAACGGGACUUAAUCGCGACUGUGUUAGAUAUGAAGGUAGAUGUCCGCUUGGAAAUGCAGCGGAUGGCACAAAGGAUGAGCAAAAUCGAAGAACUUCUGAAUGAUCUAAUAAAUCGAAUACAAAUCGAUUCAUCCGGCCAGAGUUCUCCCGGAGACAUGACCGGCACCAACGUCGUGCCGACAUCCAAUGCUAGCACAAACAACCCCAGCUCUAAUCCGAGCCCAACGACAACCAUGCUGAAUCCGACGACAACCGCUGUCGCUGGUACAGCAACCCCACCAAUAUCGCUGAUUCCCGGAGGAAACGGAUUAGGACCUAUACUGCUGCGAAAGCGAAGGUCCAAGAGUCGCAAAGCGCCUGCGCCUCCCAAGCAGAGCCCCGAACAGACAAGGCUGCUCGAGGCAGAACCAUCGUCAUCGUCCUCCACAAGAAAGCGCGAGUUCCUCUAG